UCUCGCUGCUGGCUGUUGCGCACCACCGGACACAACUUAGGACAGGACAGAGCGGGGCAGCAGCACAGGAGCACCGGCCAGCCCCCUUCUCGUCCUCGUCCUCUCCUCCGACGAUCUCACCCGAUCCCAUCGUUCUGCCGCCGCGGAAGCACUUUACACUAUUCUGUAGAAAUGGCUGAUGGUGAGGACAUCCAGCCUCUUGUCUGCGACAAUGGGACUGGAAUGGUUAAGGCUGGUUUUGCUGGAGAUGAUGCACCAAGGGCUGUUUUCCCUAGCAUUGUUGGCCGUCCUCGCCACACUGGUGUCAUGGUAGGGAUGGGACAGAAGGAUGCAUAUGUUGGUGAUGAGGCACAGUCCAAGAGAGGUAUUCUCACACUGAAGUACCCGAUUGAGCAUGGCAUUGUAAGCAACUGGGAUGACAUGGAGAAAAUCUGGCAUCACACUUUCUACAAUGAGCUUCGUGUUGCACCAGAGGAGCAUCCUGUGCUGCUCACUGAAGCUCCUUUAAACCCCAAAGCUAACAGGGAGAAGAUGACCCAGAUUAUGUUCGAGACUUUCAAUGUUCCAGCCAUGUACGUUGCAAUUCAAGCUGUGCUCUCCCUCUAUGCCAGUGGACGUACUACUGGAAUUGUUCUUGACUCUGGUGACGGUGUUAGCCACACUGUGCCCAUUUAUGAAGGAUAUGCACUUCCUCAUGCCAUUCUUCGUUUGGAUCUGGCUGGUCGUGACCUCACGGACUCCCUCAUGAAAAUUCUCACUGAGAGGGGUUACUCCUUCACAACCUCUGCUGAGCGAGAAAUUGUAAGGGACAUUAAGGAGAAGCUUGCAUAUAUUGCCCUUGACUACGAACAAGAGUUGGAAACUGCCAAGAACAGCUCCUCAGUUGAAAAAAGCUAUGAGCUACCUGAUGGUCAAGUAAUCACCAUUGGUGCAGAGAGAUUCAGGUGCCCUGAGGUCCUCUUCCAGCCAUCCAUGAUUGGUAUGGAGGCUGCUGGAAUCCAUGAGACGACCUACAAUUCAAUCAUGAAGUGCGAUGUGGAUAUCAGGAAGGACCUGUAUGGCAACAUUGUGCUCAGUGGAGGUUCAACCAUGUUCCCAGGCAUUGCUGAUCGUAUGAGCAAGGAGAUCACUGCCCUUGCUCCGAGCAGCAUGAAGAUUAAGGUUGUUGCGCCACCUGAGCGGAAGUACAGUGUCUGGAUCGGAGGGUCGAUCCUAGCCUCACUCAGCACUUUCCAACAGAUGUGGAUAUCGAAGGAUGAGUAUGACGAGUCUGGCCCAGCAAUUGUUCAUAGGAAGUGCUUCUAAGAUUCUCAAGUGCCGCUUCACUGUCAUCUAGUCGUGUCUGGUUCAUUUCUCUAGAAAUGUGUUGCAGAUUUGUUGCAUACUAUGUCUAUUUUCUUCAGAGUUCAGACCAUGAGUCUUCUCUGGAAUAGGACCCCCUUGUACGCUGUGGCUUCAUGUGCUGUGUUGUAUCACCUGGUUUGAGAUGAGUUUUCAAACUUGCUUGGCUUGAUUAGUUGGACCUGUAAGCUGAUAGUUCUAUAAAUUACUUGGACUAUGCUUCUGCUACC